AUGUCCUGUAAUAAAGCAUAUCCUGGACAAAAGGGUAUGACACCUAGUCAGCAGUAUACCAUCGAUCAGAUGGGCUGUCUUCACGUGGGUCUCAUCGUUGGCAAGACCGCCUUUCGCCAGAACAAGUUUACAGCAAGCUACUUGCACGUAAGGCGCCUGGCAGAUAACCCCAACACCUGGACUCAGACACGCCAUAACUGGGAUGAAGUCAAGCGUAUGCACCGUAUUGAUUAUGGAGGUACUACAACCUCUUCUAAAGCCAACAUUAAUAGAGUCAUUAGAAAAGGCGAAGAAUGGAUCACGCUCUCCAAGGGUAAAUACGACAAGGAAUGGAACUGCCUUGCGUACUACCGUUUCAUGGCUUCUAAGCUGUAG